AUGCUACAGCGCCUUCUCCUGUUGCUAGCAUCCUUCAUGAGAAUCUCCUAUACAGGUAGACGGAUUCUGUUUCCGCGGUACUUGGUUUAUUCCUGGUAGCUAGGCGGCAAAAAGCCCUCAGUCUUGGUGCUGUCCACAGGAACCAGGGGAGGAAAGAAAACAGGUUUGAAACACAAGUCAUCGUGCUUCAAGGCCCAUGGCCAAGACACACGCUUCCAGCCAAGCCCGGCCUCACUUUCCCUAGUCUGCCAUAUGGGCAUAAAUCUUUCAGGGAAUGAAAUAAUUCUGCUAUCUCUUGACAGAGCUACAGGCCUUGCCCCCUGUGCAUUGUGGCCUGUGGCCUGAAUUCAAAGCCAUCUCAGGAUCAGGAGCAACGACUGCCUCCGAGAUACUUCCCUGGCAGGCCAGCAUCCAAUCAAAUGAGCUGCAUUUCUGUGGAGGUGUGAUUCUGAGCAGUUGGUGGGUCCUGUCUGCAGCUCACUGCUACACGGAGGAACUGUGAGUACUGAGGAUUCCCUUUAAGUAGAUAGCAAGUUGUCUUUAAAAAAAAAAAAUUCCCUGUGUUAUUUUAAUGGAUGAAUUAAGAGUAUGAUCCAUAAAUAACCUUUGUCCCUGAGGAAGCUCACACUCCAAACACUCUUUGGAGCAAUCUUCAAAUAAUAAUGCUAUAUAUUAAUCGCAAACGCCUCCUUUGAGUAUGGCUCCUAAGCACCAUCCAUACACAACAGGGAGGGAUCAGCAGGCUCAUGUUCAAAUACAUAUAUAAUGAAAAUUUAAGAAUGUUGUCAUGCUGCAGUUCACCUGGCUGCAGACAGGUGGUGCUAUGAACUACAGUGUGAUGGCAAGCUUGGGUUGCAGAGCUGUUAGGCCAUUAUAACAGGUAAGGAGGAGGGAACUGGAGAUGAGAACAAGGGAAGGAGGCAGGAAGGCGGGUAGCUGGUGGCCCAGGUGAGUGAGCAGGCAGGCAGCCCACCCAGGUGAGCAAGCAUUCCAGGCAAGCCGUAGAAGUUUGACAUGGCCUGUGGGGAAGGGGUGGUUUUGACAAGGUGCAAAGAGACACUCGGAAGGGGAAGAGGAAGGAAACAGAUGAGAGAAUGGAACACAGAGAGACAAGUCAGCCAGGCGGCACAUGGACCAGGUGAGUAGGUGGGCACCCCAGACAGGCGAGUGGGUGGCCCAGGGGUGCUUUGGGAAGGAGUAAGAGGAGCAGCUGUGCAGCUGUGUGUGUGUGUGUGUGUGUGUGUGUGUGUGUGUGUGUGUUUUAAUACAGUUGUAUCUUGGAAGUUGAAUGGAAUUGGUUCCAGAAGUCCGUUCGACUUCCAAAACGUUCGGAAACCAAAGCGCGACUUCCGAUUGGCUGCUCACCAAAACGUUCGGAAACCGAAACACUCACUUCCGGGUUUCAAUCAUUUGGGAGCCGGUUUGUUCUGGAGCUAAGACAUUUGAGAUCCAAGGUACGACUGUGCUAGAAAAAAGAAUACUCAAGGAGAGGGAGGUCAAAUGGCUUAAUGCUUAAUGACUACUAAGCAUGCCCAUUGGACAGCGCUGCCCAACUGUUGGGUGGGUGGAAUGGAAAACUGGGCAAAGAGGGAAUGGAAUGGAGUGUACUGAAAAAAGGGCAGAGCUGGCUUUCAGGAAACCUGUACAAGAAUGUUUCCCACGGCAAUGUUUUGCUGCAUGUUCAACUUUCUGAGUACCAGCCUGAGGCUUUGCCUCUCAUUUGUUUUGCUUCGUCUUGGGAAUGGUGGGGGGUUUGGGGGAGAGCGCAUGGAUCCCAGCACACAAAUGUUGCCCCACAAGCCUUCCCCACCCUUUCUAAGCUGUUUUAUGCUAAUUCAAGUCAAUGGUUCAUUGGGACACAGCCCUGGGGUUCAUUGUUUGAUCUUUGUUGAUGCUCUGCCUCUGUUUCCUUUGUCCCCAAGUCCUUCAGAUCUCCAUGUGGUGGUUGCUUUGAAUGGGCAUGAAUUGGAGAGAAUGAAGUUGGACAGGGUGCUCAUCCACGAGGAGUUUGACUGUACAAACCUGAACAACGACGUUGCUUUGCUCCUGCUGGCCUCCCCAGUAGAGUUCGGUGAAGAGAGGACUCCCAUUUGCCUGCCCUUGCUGCAGGACCUUGGAGCGUGGCAAGACUGUUGGGCUGCAACUUGGAGAUCCGCCACACCUGGUAUUGCAUUUUCUAGUCCAGGGCUCAGUCAAAAAUACUCCCCUGAGUUUGCCACACACACAUACAUUCGCUGCUGUAAGUCGGAGCAGAUGGGGUGUGUGAAUGUGCAGGUAUCCAUUGGCUCAGUCUGCACUUCAAGGUGAAACUAUCAUCGUUCUACCCAGACACUGAGGUCCAGCUCCGAGGGCCUUCUGGCGGUUCCCUCACUGCGAGAAGCCAAGUUACAGGGAACCAGGCAGAGGGCCUUCUUGGUAGUGGCACCCGCCCUGUGGAACGCCCUCCCAUCAGAUGUCAAAGAGAACAACUACCAGACUUUUAGAAGACACCUGAAGGCAGUCCUGUUUAGGGAAGCUUUUAAUGUUUGAUGCAUUACUGUAUUUUAAUAUUUUGUUGGAAGCUGCCCAGAGUGGCUGGGGAAGCCCUGCCAGGUGGCGGGGUAUAAAUAAUAAAUUAUUAUUGUUAUUAUUGAACUGGGAACUCAGUGGCUUGUGACAGAGACCUCUCCACGAGAUCUCACUGGGAGGAACCAGCACAAAAUGAUCUAGAGCAAGUGGAAACACCAGCCUUUGUAGCUGGCAGGCUAUAGUUUUGGCCUCUGAAUUGCCCAGAUCUUUUGCGCUUGCCCUUGCCCUGGCCAGCAGGGCAACCCCUUUGCCCUGAUGCCAUGCCACCAGCAUCCAAGGCCCCUCUUGGGCUUUGAGAGAAACAGCCUCUCCUUUUCUCAAUUCCAGAGCAGCACAAGUCUCUGCACUGCACAGAGUGGCGAGGCCUAAACGAAGCCCCCGCCGUCCCAUUCACCUCUCUCUCCUCCUCCUGUCAUUUCUGAAUGGCGCUGCCUCCCCCUCUUUCCUCUGUGCCUGCAGGCGACGAGAACACACCGACCAGAGUGCUAAAGAAAACGGAAAUGUCUCUGGUCGGCGGGGAGACCUGUUCCAAGAGCGUACAGGGGCUGACGGAGGGCAUGCUGUGCGCCGUCUCUGACGAAGGAGGGAAGGAGACCUGCAAGGUAUAAUGAACCGGGCCCUGUACUGCUGUGCCGCAGGCUGGGGAGGCAGGAUGGAUGCGGUAAUGAUCUUCGAUCUCUUCCCCGGGCUUCCUGGGGGCUGCUAAUGUUUCUCUGCACAGCCUCCGGAGAGAUGGGGAAGACUUAUUUUAGCAAGCUUACAAGUAGAGGAAGUCCUGGUCACCUACAGGGAUAUACAAGCCGCGUCCUCCAGUCUUGUUCUGAGUUCCAAAAAGGGGAAGAGAGAUGUCUUCAUGUUCCUUUAUCCCUCCUUUUGAUUAUGUUUGUUCCUUGCCCUCCCUUUUCUCCUUCCCUCUCGUUAAGAGUUUGGGUGUAAUCCCUCCCUUUCCAUGGAGGCGCAGAUUGCAGCUAUAACAAAGGCGGCAUUUUUUCAUCUCCACCAAGCUAAGCAGUUGGCUCCUUACUUCUCUCGCCGUGACCUAGCCACUGUGAUCCACGCGACGGACUGGAUUAUUGUAACUCGCUCUACGUGGGGCUGCUCUUGAGACUGACCCAGAAACUCCAGCGGGUGCAGAAUGCCACAGCGAGGCUCCUUACGGGGUCCUUGCCGCGGGAUCACAUUCACCCGGUGCUAUACCAGCUGCACUGGCUCCCGGUGGAGUACAGGGUCAGGUUUAAGGUGCUGGUUUUAACCUUUAAAGCCCUAUACGGCCUAGGACCCUCGUACCUACGGGACCGUCUCACCUGGUAUGUCCUACUGAGGACCUUACGGUCUUCAAACAAAAACAUCUUGGCAAUCCCGGGCCACAGAGAGGUUAGGCUGGCCUCAGCCAGAGCCAGAGCUUUUUCAGCCGUGGCCCCAAUCUGGUGGAACGCUCUGUCACAAGAGACUAGGGCUCUGCGGGACUUGACAUCUUUCCGCAGGGCCUGCAAGACAGAGCUGUUCCACCAGGCCUUUGGUCAAGGCACAGUCUGACCCCCUCCUUUGGCAAUCCUCACGGAACUCUAGCCCAAUGGUUGCCAUUAAUCUGAUUUGAACUGAUUUUAGAAUGAACUGAUUUUAGAAUGUUGUAUCAUUUUACUGUUGUUAGCCGCUCUGAGCCCGGCUUCGGCUGGGGAGGGCGGGAUAUAAAUAUUUUAUUAUUAUUAUUAUUUAUUAUUAUUGUUCCCUCCUCUCCUUCCCCCUCCUCAUUUUCUUGUCCUGCUUUUCUGCCUCCACUGUUACACACUGUGUGUUCGGAGGAGUGAGCUUGUGGCUGGAGGUGGAAACUCUUUAGGAAGAGAUGCAUAUUCUUUACUCAAGAGGAGGGUUGAAACCAGGGCUCCCCCCCCCCAAGCCCGAACUCAACAGAACUUAGUUCCAGCACCUCUCAGGUGGGCGCCAUUGCCAUUAUAGGAGAACGAGGGAGGUGUUUUUGGUGAAUUCCAGCCCCUCUUUUUCUGGAAAAAUAGCACUGGUUGAAACUGUAUGGAAAAUGCAGAAGGGAAAGGGAACAAGGGAGGGUGAGGUAUUAAUGUGGGGAAUUUAUAAACCACGUUAUUACUAUUUAUUAUCUAUGGUGCGCCUUCACGUGUCGGGGGCUUUGAGGCUGUGAGAGCAGAGGACUCUUGCCUUGAGGGGCACCCAAUGUUCAACACAGUGUAGAUAACGAAAGAAAAGGCAUGAAUGGAGAUUGGGGUAAACGGAGAAGAAUGUGCCUUUGUUUUGGUUGUAUCCAUUGAAGUUUUUAGUAACAAAAAAAACCCUAAAGUGUCUGAGUUAUCCGAUAAAACUGAAAAUCCACAAUUCACGUUAGGGCCAUUCCAUGAUUAGACCAACCCAAUUGUCACUAAACUUUGGAAAAGCUUUUAAUGCUUAAAGUCAUUUGAUGUGUAGACAUUGAACACCUAGGCUGAUGAUGAAGGAUUGUGGAAAACUCCCAACAUUUGCGCACUAUUUUCUGGUGUUUUGGCUGCCCAUCAAGUGGCUUUUGUGUGAAUUUUGGGGCUUAUGGAGAGGAAAGUUUGCCUAUGGACCUUGAGAGAUUUGGGAUACCUAACAGGUGUGUAACAACCCCUCACUGCGAAUAAUAGUGCAAAGAUGGCAGCUUCCUUUCUGCUUCUCCAGAAAGUAGGGCCCGAAAGCAGUGCUUUCGAAUUGCAGGAAUGAAGAUUCUAACUAAACCUUAGGAAUAACUUUCUGGCAGUAGGAGCUGUUCAUCAGUGCAAUAGGUGACCUUGAAGGUUUGUAAACAAGAGUUUGGGUAGCCAUCUGCGAAGGAUUCAUUCAUUGCGAUUCCUACAUUGCGGGGGUUGGGCUAGAUGAACCAUGGGGUCCCUUCCGACGCCACAAUUCUAUGAGGAUGUUGACCUCUUUCUCUUGUGUCCUUCCGACCUCUCCCAGGAUGACAGUGGGGCUCCUUUGGUUUGCACUUCGGGAGAAGACAGGAGAUGGUUUGCGGUUGGACUAGGCAGUCAGGGUGAGGCCUGCGAAGGAAAGGGCAGCCCCGCUGUCUACACUGUGGUUUUCAGCUACCUCAACUGGAUAGAAGAGGUAACGGCCGAGGAAGGGAAACCAUUUAUCCCCGAAGGAGUGGACGUUGUUGUAGCCGAUUCUGAAAUCCCUCCUCCCGGUUUGGCUGAGAUAGAAGAGGUGAUGGCUGAGGAAGAAAAUCCAUCAAUCCCGGAAGGGGUGGACGUUGUCAUAACUCAUCCCGAAAUCCCCGUUCCCGGUUUGGCUGGCUCUCCCUUCCUUUCCGCCCCCUGUGCCAUUGCUUCUGUUCUGAUGUUGAUGCUUUUCCGUUUAUUGUAA